GAGAGUGGGCGGCCGCAGGCGUUUGCACUAUGGUGACGGGUGGCGGUGUGUCUGGAGAGUCAAUGGCGUCUUGGUCCACCUUUUCGGUCGCGGUUGUGACUGUAUUUUUCCUGUUCAUCCUCCCUUGCUUCUCACGGGCCCAGACUCUCUCCUUCCCUUUCCGGCAGCCGGAGACGUGUGGCCACAACCAGUAUUUCGAUAUUUCUGCCCUCUCCUGUGUCCGCUGUGGAGCCAACCAAAGGCAGGACGCCCGAGGAACUUCAUGUGUGUGUAUACCAGGAUUUCAGAUGAUUGCCAAUAAUGGAGGACCUGAUAUUAUCUGUAAGAAGUGCCCGGAAAACAUGAAAGGUGUUACCAAAGAUGGCUGGAAUUGCAUUUCUUGCCCUGGUGGUUUAACUGCAGAAGGAAAAUGCCACUGUCCCACUGGCCAUAUUUUAGUGGAACGAGAUGUUAAUGGAACGGUGUUGUCUCAAGCAAUUUGUAAGUUCUGUGAUGAAAAUGAAAACUCUUUUACAGUAGCAAAUGCUUUAGGAAACAGGUGUAUCCGUUGUGAGCCAACAUUCAUUAAUACCAGCAGGUCCUGUGCGUGUUCAGAACCUAACAUUUUAACAGGGGGAUUGUGUUUCAGCAGCACAGGGGAUUUUCCUCCACGUGUUAUUUCAACUGCACGUUAUGGAGAACUUGGCAUGUCUUUCAUUUCAGAAUGGUUUACAAAAUAUUUGCAAUCAGCAGCAGCUGCUUGUUGGGUGUAUGCCAAUCUAACAUCUUGCCAAGCUCUUGGAAAUAUGUGUGUGAUGAACAUGAAUUCUUACGACUCUGCUACUUUUGAUGCAUGUCGGUUGUUUCAGUUUGUCUUUGAAAAUACUGCUGGACUGCGCACUGUUCAUUCUGUUUCAUUUUGGAGGCAGAAUCUUCCAUGGUUGUUCUAUGGAGAUCAACUAGGAUUAGCACCUCAAGUACUCAGUGCUACACCUCUUCCUACAAAUUUCAGUUUUAAAGGGCAAACACAGAAUACAAAAAUGAAGUUUGUUGCUGCUUCCUAUGAUGUAAGAGGAAAUUUUAUCAAGUGGCAAACUGUAGAAGGUGGUGUUUUACAGCUAUGUCCAGACACAGAGACAAGACUAAAUGCUGCUUAUUCUUUUGGAACAACCUAUCAACAAAAUUGUGAGAUUCCUAUCUCUAAGAUCUUAACCGACUUUCCCACUCCUGUAUUUUAUGAUGUAUACCUUGAAUAUACAGAUGAAAAUCAACACCAAUAUAUUUGGGCUGUUCCAGUAUUAAACCUAAACCUUCAACACAAUAAAAUAUUUGUGAACAAAGACAGUAACUCUGGCAAGUGGCUUCUGACUCGGCGCAUUUUCUUAGUGGAUGCACUAAGUGGACGAGAAAAUGACUUAGGAAGUCGGCCGAGAUUAGUUCGAAUUGCUACACAAAUAUCACUGAGCAUCCACCUUGUACCCAAUACAAAAAAUGGAAACAUCUACCCUCCCUUAAUUACCAUUGCCUAUAGUGACAUUGAUAUCAAAGAUCCCAACAGCCAGUCUGUAAAGAUUUCUUUCUCAGUCACAUAUGAAAUGAAUCAAGGAGACGCACAUGUGCAGACAGACAUUGCUUUGGGUGUGUUGGGUGGGCUAGCUGUUUUAUGGUCUCUUUUGAAGACGGCAGGGUGGAAGAGGCGCAUUGGAAGUCCCAUGAUAAAAUUGCAGACAGUUAUGAAAUUCUUGGUAUACUAUGCUGGCGAUCUGGCCAAUGUUUUCUUUAUCAUCACAGUGGGAACAGGUCUUUAUUGGCUUAUUUUCUUUAAAGCACAGAAGUCUGUCUCUGUGUUGCUACCAAUGCCAGCUCAGGAAAAUCGUUUUGUUACUUAUGUGGCAUGUGCUUUUGCUCUGAAGGCUCUGCAAUUUUUGCAUAAGCUCAUAUCCCAGAUUACCAUAGAUAUAUUUAUCGAUUGGGAGAGACCUAAAGGAAAGAUUCUUAAAGCUGUGGAAGGGGUGGUUGUACGAGUGCUUAUAGUUCCUGUAAGCAUAUGGAGAACAUAUUUUGUAGCAAAUGGGAAUGAAAGUCAGACUGUGAGAAAAAUUAAUCCACUCUUUCAAGUACUUACUGUCCUCUUCCUUUUGGAGGUUGUGGGAUUCAAGAACUUAGCAUUAAUGGACUCAUCCUCUAGUCUUUCCCGAAGCCCACCUAGCUACAUAGCUCCUUAUAGCCGCAUUUUGAGAUAUGCAGUGUCUACUGCUCUUUGGCUAGUCAUUGGAAUUAUACAGAUUGUGUUCUUUGCUGUCUUUUAUGAGAGAUUUAUAGAAGAUAAAAUUCGACAGUUUGUUGAUUUAUGCUGUAUGAGCAAUAUAUCAGUGUUUCUGUUAUCCCACAAAUGUUUUGGUUAUUACAUUCAUGGUAGAUCAGUACACGGUCAUGCAGAUACUAACAUGGAAGAAAUGAAUCUGAAUCUUAAAAGAGAAGCGGAAAAUUUAUGUAGCCAGAGAGGUUUGGUACCCAACACAGAGGGUCAGACUUUUCAGAUUGCAAUUUCUGACCAGAUGAGACAGCAUUAUGACAGAAUUCAUGAGACACUAACAAGGAAAAAUGGCCCUGCUAGACUAUUGAGUUCAUCAGCAAGUACUUUUGAGCAGAGUAUAAAAGCAUAUCAUACUAUGAAUAAAUUUCUUGGCUCUUUCAUCGAUCAUGUUCAUAAGGAAAUGGACUACUUUAUAAAAGAUAAAUUGCUUCUUGAAAGAAUUCUUGGAGUGGAAUUCAUGGAACCAAUGGAAAAAAGCAUCUUUUACAAUGAUGAAGGUUAUUCUUUCAGCAGUGUUCUGUAUUAUGGAAACGAAGCCACUCUUCUUAUUUAUGAUCUGCUGUUCUUCUGUGUUGUGGAUUUGGCUUGCCAAAAUUUUAUUUUAGCAGCCUUCCUUACAUACCUACAACAAGAGAUUUUUAGAUUUAUCCGUAACACAAUAGGACAGAAGAAUUUGGCAUCCAAAACAUUGGUGGAUCAAAGAUUUUUGAUUUAAUUUAUUGAAUAGAUAACUUAAAGACAAUAUAAUCAUGACCAAAAAAGUCAUGAUUAUCAGUGUUUAAUUCGCCAACUCAAAUUAGACAACACUGACAAUGGGGCAAAAAAAAUCUAAAUGUUGCUUUCAGCAUAACACUUUUUCAUGAUAAAACAGUCUGCAUCAUUCGUCUCUGUAGAUUAUUUUCUCAGCUGGGAUUUGCCUACAUUUUCUCACAUUGAAAAAAUUAUUUGAUUACAAAUUCAAGCCUACUUUUCAGUUCAGUAUUUUCUUGUUUUAUAUAUUUUAUUAAAUGUUGAAAAAUAUUUUCCAGUUUACUUAGAAAUUUACAAUUGUAUAUUGCUGACUCAAUUUGCCUCAUCUUAAUUGCUCACCCUGUUUGGCAGUGGACUAAUUCACCAUUGGAUUAAUAGGCAUCUCAAAAAAUGGUACAUAUUCAUUUCUUUGUAUAUCUGUAUUAUUAGCAAUACACUCUUUUCAUGAAAUGUCGUUUACCUUUAUUAAGCUAUAAUGUGUGAUAUUUUCCCCAAUAUAGUUAUAUACUUAACAGAUUAAACUUUAUAAUUUUUAAAUUAUUUAACAUUUUAAGAGCAUUAUCAAAGUUUUGCACUUCUAUUACGUAUGUUUAAAGAUUGUAAAUAAUGAAUAAACUGUAAAUUUAUGUUACAUUGACAAGGUGAUUUAUUGAAAGCAAACUUAGGCUUAAUAAAUUAGUAGGCUUGUAUUUUUUUUUAUAAGGAAAAAAUAUUAGGAUGCAGAAUACACUUAAUGUAAAUUUUGAGCAUGUAGCUAAUAAUUUUUCAUUAUAUCAUUUUUCAUUAUACUCUUUAAUAAUCCUUUUCAUUGUAUACCAUGUAGUGAAAGACAUUAUAUAUUUUAAGUAUAAUGAUCAUUAACCCCCAAACUGACAAUUCUUA